AUGGAAAUCCGCAUGGUGCCAUCAAACUUCUCUCGGAUUACAACUCUGUGUGGUAUACUGAUGUUAUUGCAAUGUAUUUUACGUCCACUGCAGGCUGCCAGCUCUGGAGGGGGUCCCGUGACUACAGCAGCUAAGAGUUACGCCAUAUAUCCUCAUGAAGUGUUUAAAAAUAAUGGUGUAUAUAAUGUGGAUUACGUUAAUUCUGAGCGUGUGUGCCGUGCUGAAGGUAUGAACCUCGCUACUGACCACUCUGAGGCCACAAACAGUUUAAUAUAUAAACUAUUAAAACCGAAAAAUGAAUUGGGGUAUUUAUAUGCUUACCUUGGUGGUGAUGCCAAGUACAGUGCGAGUUCAGUACAUGAGGAAAAGGACAGAUGCAAAGUAGGUGACCUCGCUUCAUCAUUAAAUUGUGUCUAUCGAUGGAACACAGGAUUGUUUGCUCCGGCAACUCCUGACGAUAAUGGUGUUGCAUUCUGGCGUGGGUCUUACUAUGAAGUAACAGGAGCUGGUAGUAUGAAUGACUACCCAUCCUUUUUCGAAAAUUAUCCUGCGUACGGGAGAUUAAACGUAAUUGCUAAACUGGAUUCCUCUGGUCGCUUCACAUGGUUUGAUGAUGAUGACGACUUUGGAAAUAUAUCUAUGUUUACGAACACUAGGGGUAGAAGUACACGCUUUUUCAUGGUUCUCUGUGAAGCCUCUGCAGUACCAACUCCGCUUCCACCUGCUUCCCCUCACAGCGAAAAUACAACAGCUGAUGAAAAUACAACAGUUGAUGAAAAUACAACAGUUGAUGAAAAUACAACAGCUGAUGAAAAUACAACAGUUGAUGAAAAUGCAACAGUUGAUGAAAAUACAACAGUUGAUGAAAAUACAACAGCUGAUGAAAAUACAACAGCUGAUGAAAAUACAACAGCUGAUGAAAAUACAACAGCUGAUGAAAAUGCAACAGCUGAUGAAAAUACAAUAGCUGAUGAAAUAUCUAAUGGAAGUAAUGAAGCAUCAGAUAAGACUGUGCCAUCUACAGCUUCCGAUGGUGAGGGAAGUGGCGGUGGUGCCGGUGCUGCUGUUGUUAUAAUAUUUAUUCUUCUUGCUGUAUUGCUUAUUCUUUUAUACUUUUGCUGUUUUGCAGGUCAUGAGAAGUAUAUUACUGUAAUGUCUCUCCGUGAAAAGGUUACCUCACCCGUAUCUAAUGUGGAGGCAGCAGAAGUGGCAGCGGUACCAUCAAAUGGUGAGGAGCAUUUAAGCAUUACCAGCCAUCAGCAGGAAACUCCAGCAGCUGAUGAGUGA